AUGAUAAAUAAUUCAGAAGAACAAACGCUUACAGACGCAACAAUACUAUAUGCAAAAGAAUCAUAUGGUGAUAGUAAUGAUAGUAUAGAAGAAAAACCAUUAAUUGGUAAUAAAGAUAGUACUUCAAUUAAAAAUAAUAAUGGUACAAAAAGUAAACGUAGAAAAUCUUCACUAUCAAAUAUAUCAAAAGACUUUAUUUCACAUUUAAGAAGAUUAAACCCAUCAAAUUAUCAUGAAAGCAUAAAUAACAACAAUAAUAAUGAUACUAGUAAUGUUUACGAUAGAUAUAAUCAAUUCUAUGAAGAAAAAUCAAAUAGACAUUACAAAAAUGAUGAAAAUAAAAAUAAAAAUUCACCACAAACAAAUUUACAAACUUCAUGUUUUCAAACUAAUAAAGUGGAUAAUUGGACACAUACAAUUAACGAUUAUUGGUUAAGAGAUACAAAAAUUGAAGAUAUUGAAUUUGAAGAUUCAAGUGAUGAAGAUGUAUAA